GUUCCUAACAUACCUAGCUGAGAAUGCAGACAUUAUAGAGGAUAGUAGCUGGAAACUGGGCCAUGGUAUACUAGACAUCUGCAGAAAUAUGAUUAUGUGCCAUGGUACACAUAUAUGCUUUCUGGUUUUACUUCUGUGUGAGAGACAGAGAGCAAUUGAGUGGAGUUAUUUAUAGAACUGUCUUGAAAGAUACAAGACAGCACUGUAAUAUUUGAUCAAUAAUGUCUGGUAAUAAGACAGGAUGGGAUAACGGAUAUUGGUUCGGUGGUAAUGGUCUAGGAAGGGGAUUUCAGUAUUAUGAAGAAUACACGACCACAGAAUCUGCUGACAUUUAUUUUAAUCCAGAUAAGGACGUGUUUAAGACACCAGCUGACGUGAAGAAAAGUUACGCUACUUUGUCCUUCAUCAUAUCUGCCGCAUUUGUGUUACCUGCUUUAACGCUCAUUGGAAGAACACUUCACAAAAUAAACAGCAAUGAGAUUAAAGCGUUUAGCCAUCACCUUGUGUAUUUCACAUGGCUUCUUGUCUCCUGUCUGUUGAUAUGUAUUUUGAACAUACUGAAUUUGUUCGAUAACUUCAUCAAUAGUGACGAGCAGUCAAAGUCAGGAAAAACAUGUUACUAUAUAUAUGUUAUUUACGGAAGUCUUCUGACAUUUGUAGGACUUUGUUUACUGUGUCUAGCAUUGGACAUUACGUACCUAGUUCUGUCGACGACACAGCAUCUUGUAGAAGAUAGAGCUAGGAAAGUGAAAGUUCAUUUCAUGUGUUUCUUUCUGUUAAUAAUGUGCUUUUUCAUCAACAACAUACCUCAUAUGAGUCUGAGAGUAAGUUUCCAAAGUCUCAAUAAAUGUUGGAAGGGAAACGCAUACGAAGGGCAGGUAGAUACGGCUGCCUUGAUAGAUUGCGGUGUGCUAGGGGUGAUCGUAACUGCAACAAGUAUAACACUCCUGCUGUCUACAUGUCUGAUAAAAUGUAAAACAAGGGGUAAUGAACUUGUGAUAGUCCCGGAGUACAUGAGAGUGUUAGAUGAAGACAUUGAGACUGUUGUAGAAAAUGUCCAACAGGAGGACAAUGAAGAGGAGGAGUCACAGGCUAGAGUGUCUGUAGAUACACCAAGUUCUGACCUACAUGCAAAGUCGGGUGAAUCAGGAAGAAUUUACAAGAGGUAUGAAGUUGAUGCUGAAAAGCUUGGAGAUGAGAAACAACAAGUGAACCAGCAGGGAAGUUCGAGGAAAAGGAUUUCAAGCUGGAAAGGAGAAAAAGAUAGUUCAAGUAAAGAGUCAUCAUGUCACGAGAACUCGGGGUAUAUCUCUGAAGGAAAUGAACAGGAGGGGCAGAUACAGAGGAGGCAAAGCUUGGCAUUUGAUUCUACAAGACGUCGGUUCAAGAGUGAUUCAGAGAUACAAGAGCCGCGAUCACAAACAUGCACAGGGGUACGGAAAACAAGGAAGCAUAGUUCGAGAAAGGUCUUGGAAGACCAAGUGUUUGAAGCUCUUGAAAACUUCUUUGUAACCGACCCAAGUAAGCUGCUGUUUAAAGCCUUGGGUUCCCAGAAACAGUGUGAGCUUAGUGCGCAUCUCAUAGAUCAUAACAGUGAUGACAAGGGAACAGAGGAAGAAACAAGCUUCAAUGACAAAGAAGUGAGGAUUAAGAAAAUGAGGAAAAGGAGCAAAAAGUUGCCAUUAAGAAAAACAAAGAGUCUGCAGAGAGCCUCAAGCUGUAAAGAUAGGAAAAGCAGAACCCAAUGGUCUACAUCUAGCUACAAAGAAAAGUCUAAUACUGUCAAAUGUCCAUCCAGCUUCAGUGCUAAUUUUUCAUCAGAACAUGGCCUUGAAACCAUCAGCCUUAAAGAGAAAACUGAACAUGUUACAAGUAGUUCUAGGCAAACAAAGGUUAAAGAUGAUGAUCUAAAGAAAGAUUUGAUAGAUUUUAAUAAACAAACUGAGUUUUUGAAGAGUCCAAAGAUAGUUGUGGAAGAUACAGAUACUGGUAAUUCUACAUCAAGUGCUAGAGCUUAUAAUGGAACCAAGGAAAUAAAUGAGUCAUGUCUAUCUGUGAAUGUAGAUGUUCACUGUUCAGAUACUAGUCAGUCUAUUUCAAGCUUAGAUACAAUAGGAACAGAUGUUGAAUGCCACUUCAAGGACAAUACAGCCACACAGAUAAAUCCUGUUUCUUUAAAAGAGCAUGGUCUAGGUAACUGGGUAGAAUUUAUGCCUGAUACUGAGCAUGAGAACAGAUCUGGUGGAAGAGUUAAAUGGGAAGAUGAGAUUAAACCUGAUAAUGACAGCUGUUUUGUUGAAGUAGAAACUCAGACAGAACAGAUGGAUGCAGCAAGAGCGGAGGAGUUAGAGACUGAUAGUGUGUUCAAAGAUAUGGAGAAGGACAGUCAUACUGAGGUUAAUACAAAUGGUGAGAUAGAAACUGAAAAGGACAGUGGAGGAAAAGUUGAAAGCGAAAUGAAACAGGAAGGUACUGAUAACUGUACUACUGAAAUAGAGAUUGAAAGUUCAGUUGAGAAGAGAAAAGAAGAGAUGUUGCUCUUUAAAGACUACUGCAAGAGAUAUUUGCUUCAACCCUAUAAGAAUGUUGCAAGCUUGUUGUUAGUUUAUGUUAUUUGCUUGUUACCACAGAUUGUGUUGGAUAUAUACAGGAUUGUGAUUGGUAGACAGGAAACAGUACAGGAUCAGACUGAUGGUGUCAUGUCCAUUUGCUCAGAUGCGGCAAUGUCAGUUUUCCUUUUGGCAAUGACUGUAAUGUUUUUGUGGCAAUACAGGAUGAGACGAAAGGCGAAACUAGAUAACAUAUUAAGGACAGAAUCAUAAAGGUGUAUCACAACAGUACAUAUCAUAAUAAUACCUUCAUUGUUUUAUCAUGAAAGGUUUUCAUGUUUAGUUCUCCUUUGUUUUUAUGUUACAACUUGCAGUCCAUACACAAUCAGUAGGAUGGAAAAAUCUGUGAAGUAAAAUACAUUUCAUUCAAAAUCAAUUGGAACUGAAAAAUAUACUUAAUUAACCACAUUUCUAGGUCCACUCUUUGUUAUUGUUCAUAUCUCUGUCAGAUAUUGAUAUAUUUCAACAAAUACUGGAUUUAACAAUCAUUUUAGCAUAAAACUGCUGUUAUUGUCACUUUUUGGGGGUGUUUUAACAGGAGAGAAAACGUGUGUUAACAGAGAGAUUCUCGCGCUCACGUGCUGUUAUAACACCUUUUUAAUUAUGCGCGUUCCAUGGCAAAGCGUAAACGUAUUACGGCCCCAAAACGGAUAAUACAAAAGGAAAUGACCUCAACAUGAAAAAUCAACGUAGACUUUACUGCGCAUUUCAUGAAAAUUUAAUGACGUUGAGGGACAAUAUAUUAAUUUACCUUGUUUUUAUGCAUUUUAUGCUAGAAUAGCAUUAGCGCAUGUUCUUUUCGUGUUAUAACAUCUUCAAAAUCCCGAGGGAUUCUGAAGAUGGUAUAACACAAAAAAACAUGCGUUAUCCCUACAUUUUAUUUCAAUAAGCGUAACAAAGAUAGCUAUUGAACAUAAAUUCAUUAAGCUGUGACAGUUAAAAAAUAGAAAUCACAUAAUUAAUGUAACUGGGUGCUGGCUGCAGUGUGGAAAGUUGUGUCAUCCACAGGUUAAAGCAAUUUUUUGACAUUUGUAAGCAGCCAGAAUAAACCUUUAUUUGGACAUGUUAACAUUCUUCAAAUAUAUAUUUAUAGGUUAUCAGAUACGUGUCAAGAAGUAAGCGCGAGUUCUGCAGUGGAGAUGUUGUGCACCAUUAGAAGCACAAAAAUUAGUCUAUAACGCAACUAGUGCAUGUUCGUUAAUGAAAAACCAGAUCAUUUUUGUUACAAUUUUAUUUUUACAGUGCUUUUCCCCCACUGAUUUAGGAAUGGGGCUGGGGCCUUUACAAAUGGGAAAAAACAC